UGUCACCUUUGGGGAAGAGGGCGGGGCCACGUGAUCUGAUGGUCAGGAGGACGUGAUGUGUGUGCGCAUUACUGUACGGAGAGGAUCUGCCGGCACCCGGAAAGAAUCACAUUGAGUAUUUGAUUAUCCCCUACAUGCUGGUUUGCCGAGCGCGUGCCCGUUCCACUAUACUUUUUUUUUCGUAGCUUUGUUGUCCAGCCACAUACAAUACUAACUAUAUUUAUGAUCUUUAUGGGCUUCAAAAGGACGCGAGGAAGUGUCAUUUUCUUCUCAGUAUUUCUAUUUGUCUGUUUUAUGUGUAUAAGGUCUCAUAGAAAUACGACAGGAAAUUCCGGACACUGGUCGGCCGUGUUACCUGUUUUGCAUAAUUAUGCACAUGCGCCGUCUGAGCGGCCGGUGCUUCUGUUCUUUCUUCCUUGGGACGAGCAGCGCGGGAAAGAACGCCGGUCGAGGGAACCAGUGUUCAGAGAAAUUUACUGGUGCACUAUUUUCUGCACUAUGAAGAGACGAAUGGAGUGAGGAGGAGGAAGAAUAAAGACCUUGUCAGCAGUCUUGGGGAGGAGGGGGGUAAGGGAGGGAGAAGGAGGAGGGAGGUAUUACCAACAACGUGGCAUUGGAGGAGCGCAAUGUAUGACGAGAGCACAGCGUCGCCUUAGUCUGUCUGCAGCAGGCGUGGCGCACUGACAGGUAGCUUGGUACCAGUGACGUGAAGAGCGCGACACUCGAGCAGUGCGCCUCAAGGCUCCUGUGUGUGCAUGUCGGAAUCUUUUGUGAUGCGUCACUUUAAAUAAACUUUAUAGCGACUUUAGAUAAGUGACAAUCGCGAGGUUGAUUCAGGCGUCCCGGGAUUCUUGGUGAAAGACUCGGGGCAUCCUCAAAGAGCGAUAUCAUGGCGCCCAAAGAGGAGCAAUCGGGCAGGAAUCAUCUGGCCAUGCCGAUGUCCCCCAUAGAGCGUGGAGACUCUCCCAGUCUAACAAACAAAAUUCAGGAGGACCUGCUUGAUCUAGACGAGGAUGAAGUGGAGCAGAUCCUGAACACCCAAGAGAAGAAUUUCUUGUUGCAGGUGGAGCGAGGGGACGUGUCCACUGUCAAGAAGAUCCUCAAGAAGGGAAGCAAGGACAAUGACGUCACGCCUGACAGCUUCAACAUCAACUGCAAGGAUCCCCUGGGGCGCAGCGCCAUCGCCAUCGCCAUCGAGAACGAAAACCUGGACAUGAUCACAGUCCUGCUGGAAGAGAACAUUGAAUCUGGGGACUCCUUGCUAAGAGCCAUCUCGGAGCAGUACGUGGAGGGCGUGGAGCUGCUGCUGAUGCACGAAGAGAACGUUCACAAAGCUGGCGAACCUUACUCGUGGGAAAGAGGCAAUCGGGACCGUGCCACCUUCACGCCGGACAUCACGCCACUCAUCCUGGCCGCCCACAACAACAACUACGAGAUCAUCAAGCUGCUCCUGGACCGCGGUGCCUCCCUGCCCAUGCCGCACGACAUCAAGUGUGCUUGUGAUGAAUGCCUCGUCUCCAGCGCCGAGGACUCCCUGAGACACUCCUUGUCGCGGAUCAACGCCUACCGCGCCCUGACUUCCCCUUCCCUCAUCUGCCUCUCCAGCAAUGAUCCGCUCAUCACCUCCUUCCGCCUCAGCGAAGAGCUCAACAGCCUCGCUUCCAUGGAGAAGGAGUUCGUGGAGGACUACGUGGCGUUGAGGAAUCAGGUGCAGAAGUUUACUAUGGACUUGAUAGAGGAGACCCGCACCCGCACCGAGCUGGAGAUUGUCCUCAACUACGAUCCACAAGGGGAGCCUUACAAGAAGGGGGAGUUCAUGCACCUGGCGAGGCUGAGGGAAGCUGUGGCCAGCGACCAGAGGAAGUUCGUGGCUCACAGCAACGUGCAGCAGCUACUGGGGCAGGUGUGGUACGAUGGCAUGCCGGGCUUCAAGCGUCUGGGUCCCCUCGCUCAACUGACUGAGAUUGCAAAAAUAGGCUGCCUUUUUCCGCUCUACUGCUUUGCUUUCCUCUUCGCUCCUACAUCAUCUUUUGGAGCUGCCAUGAAGAAGCCCUUCAUCAAGUUUAUUGUCCAUUCCGCUGCCUACUGUUGCUUCCUCUUGCUGCUGGUGAUCGUGUCUCUGCGGGUAGAGACGCUGGUCAUGGAGCUGCUGGGGAAUGAGUGGAUGCUGCAGCGGCUACGGCAGGCUGAGCGUGAGUCGCGUGGCGGCUUCCCUUCCGUAGUAGAGCUGCUGAUUGUGGUGUUCGUGGUGGGUUUCAUCGCCAACGAGCUAUCCAGUCUAUGGGAAGAAGGGCUCAGUGAAUUUAUCAAAGAUCUUUGGAAUAUCGUUGACUUCAUCAGUUACUUCUUCUACAUGAACUGGAUAUUUCUGAGAGCCACGGCUUGGUUUCUCUCGCAGCGGGCUGAGUGGUAUGGCGAGAAGUACUACUAUCCGAGGGAAAUGUGGCCUUACUUCGAUCCCAUCCUUAUCUCCGAGGGAAUGUUCGGUGCCGCCAACAUUUUAAGUUUCCUGAAGCUGGUGCACAUCUUCGGCAUCAACCCGCAUAUGGGGCCGCUGCAGGUCGCACUCGGCAGGAUGGUGAUUGACAUCAUUAAGUUCUUUUUCAUCUACACGCUCGUCCUUUUCGCCUUUGGUUGUGGCCUGAACCAGAUGCUGUGGUACUACGCUGACCUGGACAUGAAAAAGUGCUACUCUCUCCCCGGGGGAUUGCCAAAUCCAGAAGAGGAGAGUUCCUGCGACAUCUGGCGGCGGUUUUCCAACUUAUUCGAGACGUCCCAAUCACUGUUCUGGGCGUCAUUUGGAUUGAUCAACCUGGACGUGUUCGAGCUGACGGGCAUCAAGACCUUCACUCGCUUCUGGAGUCUCCUCAUGUACGGCUCCUACAAUGUUAUUAAUGUCAUCGUGCUCCUUAACCUCCUGAUCGCCAUGAUGUCCAACUCCUACGCCAUCAUCUGUGCUCAAUGCGACGUGGAGUGGAAGUUCGCGCGGUCUAAGUUGUGGAUGAGUUACUUCGAGCAGGGCCACGAGAUGCCGUCCCCCUUCAACCUGCUGCCUAACAUCGGCUCGCUCCUCACCACAAAGUCCUCAGUGACGCGGGAAUCCAUAAAGAAAAGACAGGAUUCGUUUCGGGAUGAUCAGUAUCAGGGCAUAAUGAAGAACCUGGUGCGGCGUUACGUCACCAAGAUGCAGCGGAAGAACGACGAGCGCACAGUCAACGAGGACGACAUCAACGAAGUGAAGCAAGACAUCUCCUCCUUCAGGUACGAGCUUCUCAACGUCCUCAGGAUGAACAACAUGAAUACUGGAACCGCGCACGAGAAGAUGGAAACGACUUUCGGCAAGAAGCAGCAGGCUCGCGAGCGACGUCUUAUGAAGGGAUUCAACAUCGGUAUGGUGGAAGGCGUUGACGUCAACAGAUCACUGGCUGGGAUGGUGAAAAAGUCCAUGAACCUCUUAGCGGCUUUCAAGAUAAAGCAACACAAGAAAAAGGACUGGAAUAAGGAGGUGCGGAUGAGCAAGCGCAUUUAUAAGACGGAUCACAUCGGGUCGAGCCGCACCAGCAUGAAACGCACCAGCUUGAGGCAAAACGCGCGCGCCAGUGGCAGCAUCAAGCGAUCCAACGCGUGGAAGACCGUCCAGUACUACCAGAGGAGUGGAGUGUUCAUGGGCGAGGAGGUGAACGCAGCCAUUCUUCAGACAGCCCGCCAGGAGCUCGACGACAUGGAAAAAUCCAACCAGCAAUACGGCCGCGGCUGGAAGAAGGUGAAGGCUCUGCACGCCGAGGGCCACGUGACAGGCAACAGCAACCCGUCCUCGCCAACCACAGAUCAGCAACCUCGCUCCGCCACCCCAUCCAAGCAACCCCCUGCCGCCGCCUCUGACAAACAGCCUCGCACAGCCGCGCCAUCAAAACAGUCUCCUGCCCAGACCCCUGCCAACCAACAGAAGCAGACCCCGAGUGAACCAGCACCGGCUAAGUCACCAUCACAGCCACCACCGAACUCAGCAGCCCCAGCACCUAAAUCACCCUCACAGCCUCCCGCCAAGCCAGUAACCCCAGCCCCCGCCAAGUCACCCUCACAGCCUCCCCUUAAGCCGGCAGCUUCCUCAGCCCCGAAAAGCCCCACUUUCAAAUCCCAAGGCUGGCUGUAAUGACCAGGCAGGCCAAACCAUCAAUUUGUUCUUCAUUUCCUUUCGCGCCAUUCCAGGAAAGUUUUUGAGUGAAACCAUUGAAUCAUAGCACGAGAUGAUCACCAGACCUCCACCUCAUCACACUGUCUCUUCGUAAAAUAGGUUUAGAGGAACAAAGGAAAAGUAGGUGUGGUGUUUUAAUUAAUUCAUUUUACCAUUGAAUAAAAAAGCUCGUUCGGCAAAUUCGCAAAAAGUAAAUGGAAACAUUAUUAUUAUUAUUAUUAUUAUUAUUAUUAUUAUUAUUAUUAUUAUCAUCAUCAUCAUCAUCAUCAUCAUCAUCAUCAUCAUCAUCAUCACUAUCAUCGUCAUUAUCGUGAACUGAGCACCCAGCUUCUAGAGCUGUCUGUUUUAGCACGAAGCAACAUAGAACGGGAGGAGACGUCCUGCGUAUUCUUUGUACACAUCACUAGCUUUACUGAGUUAUUCUGUCACACCAUUUUACUUUACGCUUUCUAGAAUAAUUCCUCUUUUUUUUAUCAUUAUUUAAAGGAUGACUUAGAUGAAGUCCUAAGAGGCGAAGCAGGCCGAGUCCCUUCAAGUAACAUCCAUACUCAUACUCAUACUCAUAACAGGACUUAAAUGGAAAAAUGGUCAUCGAUUUUUCUUGGUGAACGAGCCUCGCCCGACCUCCCAUUCCCUCACCUGUUACACCUAGCAUUAACGUGCCGGGAGGCUGCGUGAGAGGGUCAGGUGGGGGGAGAGGGGAGAGGCUUCAAGGUUGUGCAGACAAUAAAACAUCACAAGCUCGCAAUGAGAAUGACUAUUUUGAUUAACUAAGCAUUCGUGCAAUUUUUUUCCGUUACUUUUCAUCUAGUAUAUGUAGUUGCUCCAUUUAUUUACACUUUUAUAUCAUUUGUACGUACUUAUUUAGGUAUUCAUUUCUAAUCAUGUUAUAUAGAAAUACCCACUGCAUGAUACCAGUAUCUACCGUAGUAUAUUUAUCAUGUAUAUCUAAUAAGCUUUUUUUGUGUAAAUGAUAAUUUUCCAGAAGCUACUCAGCAUACCAAGUACUGUUCUCAGUUUUGUAAAAAAUAAAUAAAUAAAUAAAUAAAUAAAUAAAUAAAUAAAUAAAUAAAUAAAACUGAUAAAUAUAUUACAUUUGAAGAGUAAA